CCUACUUUAGUGCUAACCAAGAAUAUGACACCAAAAUACUCUCAGGAGUGUGAAAACGUUAUAAUCUACCACAUUGGCGUAGACCAGCUGGUUGGCAUCAAAGUAAGGACCAGCCCAUCUUAUUAUCUAUCUGACAAAUGGAUGCUUUCUUCGGUCAGGUGCGUUUGUUUCUGCGUAGACUUGACCAGUGGCUGACAACUGCUGAUGAACCAGAGGCAAUGGUGCAAGGGGAUGCUGAUGAUCUUCUUCUCCUUGGUGAAACCAUUCAUCAUCAUCUUGUUGGAAUGGUGGAAGGCGGAGAGAAUGGACUGACUCCAUUAGGCCGAUAUAUUGGAAGCCUCGUAGAAGCGUUUUCCGCGAUAACCAGUUCGUUUGGACACACAGUGGAUAUGCGAGCGUUCACAGCUGGUGCCAUUGCAACAGGGAGCAGGGGUAGACCACGACUGGACAUCGGGCAGGAACAGCUGAUAUUUCUAGUUGAUCAUGGCUUUUCUGUUUCAUCGAUAGCUGAGCUACUUGGAGUGUGCAGGAGUACUGUCAACAGGCGAAUGCGUGAAUGGGAUCUAUCGGUAGCUCGAAGGUACGCAGAUAUAAACGAUGCCGAGCUGGACAGAACCUUGCUAGAGAUCAAACGGGGAUUUCCGGACGCUGGAUACAGUAUGAUGGAUGGACUGCUGCGAUCAAGAGGUAUUAUCAUCCAGCGACAUAGGAUACGCCUGUCGGUAGCUAGAGUUGACCCGAUUGGAGUUGCUGAACGAUGGGCUACUUCAAUUCCUAGGAGAGUUUACCGUGUCAGUGGACCUAAUGCGUUGUGGCAUGUAGACGGAAACCACAAGCUGAUACGAUGGCAUUUUGUCAUCCAUGGUGGAGUAGACGGAUAUAGUCGAAUACCCGUGUUUUGUAAAUGCUCUACUAACAACCGUGCGACAACAGUGUUGGAGUCAUUUCUAGAAGCUGUUCGACAGUUUGGGUUGCCAUCAAGGGUAAGGUCAGACAAAGGAAUGGAAAAUGUAGAAAUAUCAAGGUUUAUGUUAGAACACAGAGGACCAGGACGAGGCAGUAUGAUAACAGGACGGAGUGUGCAUAACCAACGGAUUGAGCGUUUCUGGAGAGACCUUUUCCAAGGAUGUACCUUUCUUUUCUACUUUCUGUUCCGGAACUUAGAAGAGUGUUUUCUCCUUGAUGUAACAAAUGGCAAAGAUUUAUUUUGCUUACAGUACGUGUACCUGUCCAGAAUAAACCACGCUAUUAAACAAUUUUGUGACGGCUACAAAAAUCAUCGACUUCGGACUGCUAGAAACAGUACACCUAUUCAGCUAUGGAUAACAGGAAUGCUGCAGGGGGCAGAACUUCGAAAUAUGGAAGACCUGGACAUUGGUGCAAUUGAUGGUUAUGGCAUUGAUGGCCAUGGACCCAUUCCAUUGAAUGGUCUAGAUGAUUGUGAUGUUGUUCAAGUACCGCAGAUAGAAGACGCCCUCCCUCUCUUCUUUGCAAUUGCAGGAUCUGGUCAUGCUGAUAGACCCAAUGGCUGAUUCUGACUGUCAGGGAGUAGAUAUUUAUGUUAGAGCCCGUGAAUUUGUCUAUGCUGCAAAUGCAUGAAUAUAUAGGUCAUGUGUAACAUGGAGUUGUCAGUCAGUGGAUGGUCUGGUCAUUUAAUUUUCUACAUUUCAAUUUUUAUGUUUUCAUUUUUUAAUUUUUAUUUAUUUUUAUUUAAUUCUGUAAUGUUUUUAAUUUUUAAUUUUUAUUUUUCAAUAUUUAAUUUUUUAUUUGCAUUCUUAUUUAAAAUUUGGUAUAUCUUAAAUAUUAACUUUUAAUUUUUAAUUUUUUUAUUCUCCUUUUAUUAUUUAUAGAAUGGUUUUUAUCUGAUGACGUUUGAUUCUUGUGAUCUUUAGAUUUAUUUUUAAAGUUUGAUUUCUAGGCACUUGAAAUGACUGAAGUUUCUAGGCUCAAAACUAGAAACUUGAACGCGCAGUUCGCUUAUGCUGUUUCUAGAAAUGAAAUGACUGAAGACACUAGACACAACGGGGUUCCAGCGGGGCUUCCAUUCGAACGCGUGUCUCAGGAGAUCACAUUUCCAACACACAAGCAGGUGUUUGUUUUUACUUUACUUUCGUCACGUGCCAAACCACGCUGGCAGCUCUUGGCGGCGGACAACUCCGCUCACUCGUCGGACACGGAACUACUAAUCGUGUUUCUAUCCAAGGUGCCGGUGCCUCCUUGUCACGCAGCUUGACUGCAGAUGUGAACGUACGCUACGAUAAUGACAGCCCAGGGAUCGCCGAGUGACACGGUAGAACUCGAUCUACAAACAUUGUCUAGCACUAUUGACUCUCGUAGCUAUACGUAGCAUUGACAUAGUAGUCUACUUAGUGACUAGUUGUAGCUGACUAGCUAUGACCGUGUUCUUUCAGUUGUAGCCGCACACUGUUCUACGUUAGCUACUAGUAGUUGAGUUAAUUAAUUGAGUUGAGUUGAGCAAAUAGAGUUCAGUUGAGUUGACUUCAAAUUGAGUUCAGAAGGCG